UUUUAAUUUCAACGUCGGAGACGGAGAGAGAGAGAGAGUGAAGUCCGCGGACAGAAACUCGGCAAACACGGAUUUCCUGUGGGACAAACACACGGGGCUGGCUGCGAAGACGAUGCCUCGUUUGAGGCGGUACCGUUCGUCAGACCGGGAGAGUCGGGACAGUUACCAUGAACGUUACAGGAGGAGUAGACGUGGGAGACGCAGAUCGCGCUCGCGAUCCAGAAGCAGUGAUCGAGAUCGACAGCAUAGGAAUGAAAGUUACAUCAGGUCCAGGAGUAUUGAGCACUGUUCGUGUGACAGACGACUGUACAAUGAAAGGAGGUACUGUGACGCUUACCGGGGUCAUUACAGCCGAGACCAGGGAGAUGGCUACCACGAGACGGACUACUGUUCUCGCAACUCCUAUGACUACCGUCGCUCUCAGGACCGGGACAGGAGCUACAGGAGUCGGAAGAGCAGCAGACGUAAGCACAAACGGCGGCGCCGCAGAAGCAGGUCAUAUAGUCGCUCCUCCUCGCGGAGUCAUCAGAGCAGCAGAAGGGCCAAGAGUGUGGAAGAUGACAACGAGGGCCAUCUGAUCUAUCGCAGCGGCGACUGGCUACAAGAACGAUAUGAAAUUGUUAACACUUUAGGUGAAGGAACCUUUGGCAAAGUCGUACAAUGUAUUGACCACCGCAGGGGUGGUUUACAGGUGGCCCUUAAAAUAAUUAAGAAUGUGGAAAAAUACAGAGAAGCUGCCCGCCUAGAGAUUAAUGUACUGGAGAAAAUUAACGAGAAGGAUCCCGACAAUAAAUUCCAAUGUGUACAGAUGUUCGAUUGGUUCGACUACCAUGGCCACAUUUGUAUUUCUUUUGAAUUACUGGGACAGAGCACGUUUGAUUUCUUGAAGGAUAACAAUUACACACCAUAUCCUAUUUACCAAGUGCGCCACAUGGCUUUCCAGACUUGCCAUGCUGUUAACUUUUUACAUGACAACAAGCUGACUCACACUGACCUGAAGCCAGAGAAUAUUCUGUUUGUAAAUUCCGACUAUGAAGUUGUGUGUAAUGUGGAAAAGAAACGCGAAGAGCGAGUGAUUAAAAACACAGCGACCAGAGUUGUUGACUUUGGCAGUGCCACGUUUGACCAUGAGCACCACAGCACAAUAGUCUCCACAAGACACUAUCGAGCACCCGAAGUUAUUUUAGAGCUUGGGUGGUCCCAGCCAUGUGACGUGUGGAGCAUAGGAUGUAUCAUUUUUGAAUAUUACCUUGGCUUCACACUUUUCCAAACUCAUGACAAUCGCGAGCACUUGGCCAUGAUGGAGAGAAUCCUCGGUCCAAUCCCAGCACGUAUGAUCAGAAAGACCAGGAAGCAGAAAUACUUCUACCAUGGCCGCCUGGACUGGGAUGAAAGCAGCUCUGCAGGAAGAUACGUACGAGAUAACUGCAAGCCAUUGAAACGAUACAUGCUUGCCGAGAGUGAGGAGCACUGCCAGCUGUUUGAUUUAAUCGAGAGAAUGUUGGAGUACGAACCAUCCAAAAGGAUAACUCUGUCAGAGUGCCUACAGCAUCCUUUCUUUGACUGUCUCAAAACAGAACAGAAAACCACAAAAGGCUGGGAUUCCAACCGAGACAUCAGUAGGAUGAACUCGCUGCUCAAGGAGGUGUUCGGUGAUUCCCUGGAACAGCUACUGUGCUGCGUGUCAGCACAGGCCGACAGGAAAAGCCCAGGCAUCAGGCGUCGUGGCCGAAGGAGCCGGGAGGAUUACCUGGGGCAGCUGCCAGAGGAGAAGAAGAGCCGCGAUGCAGACUUCGCCCAGCGGAAAGCAGAGCGAGCGGCCCUCAGAACCCAUCUCAGGGAGAAAUACCAGCUCCAACAGAAUGAACACGACAGGGAGAAGCUGAGAGCUGUGGGUCAGCAGCUGGAGCUGCCUGUGGAGUUAGCUGCUAUCGUUAAUGUGGGGAAGAGACCAGAGGGUGCUCCCUCUCUGUUGCCAGUGCUCCCAGAGCCUAAUCUGACAGAGCUGACCAGUACAGCCCAGGCUGCUAUCACCUCUGGCCAUUCCGACCACAAGCCCAUCCCAAUGAGGAGGUUGACUCCGAAUGCUCGGGCGUCUGCCUGCACGUUUCUGUCCAGGCCGCAUGGCCAACCCUCAGCUUGCCGUCCCCACAGCGUCUGUGCUGGGGCUGGCCCUGACCCCAGGGAGCAGCAGGAGGCACGGCCAUUCGAGGCCAUUCCCUCGACAGGGGAUCACGGCUGGCUCAAUCUCUACCACCUGUGGAGGACGGACGGUUUCUUCAACAGGCACCAAGCCAUGACUGAGAACUUCAGCAGACUGGGACCCAUCUACAGGGAGAAACUGGGAGGCAGAGACAGCAUUAACAUCUUUCAGCCAGAGGACAUUGCUGUGUUAUUCCGGUCAGAAGGGAUAUUCCCCAAGAGGAUGUUACUGGACUCCUGGGUGGCUCACAGAGACUAUCGCAACCACAAGUGUGGCAUCUUCCUGAAGAAUGGAGAGGUGUGGAGGAAUGAGAGACUGGUUCUCAACAAGGAGGUGAUCAGCCCGACAGCAGUCAGUAAAUUCAGUCCCCUGGUGGAACCUGUCGCACUGCACUUCACAGAGUUUGUGGAGCGUGAGAUGGCAGCAGGUCGCUGGCAGACAGAGUUUAACAUGUUACCCAGUCUGUUCCGACUUUCUCUCGAGUCUGACCAGUGCUUUAGGCAACUUUUGCUGAGGCUGCAGAAUGUUCCGGAAGGAGAGAGGCAGUACUUGGGAAUUAUCCCUGAGCUGAUCCAUCAGUCCAAGCUUCCAAUUGACAUCAUCAAGGCCAACUCGGUGGAGCUGAUGGUGGGCAGUGUGGAAACAACAGCACACACUCUCCUGUUCACCCUGUUUGAGUUGGCUCGGAACCCAUCUGUCCAAGCUGCCCUCCGUGACGAGGUGACCACGGCCUAUGGUCAGGCUCAGGGGGAUGUGUGUAAAUUAAUGAGCUCUGUUCCACUGCUCCGGGCUGCAAUCAAGGAAACAUUACGACUGUACCCAAUUGGUGUCACUCUGCAACGGUAUCCAGCUCAUGACAUUGUCAUUCAGAACUACCAGAUUCCAGCCGGGACCAUGGUGACAGCGGGACUUUACACCAUGGGCAGGAGUCCGGAGAUUUUUCCACAGCCUGAGAGAUAUAACCCAGCAAGGUGGCUAACCCGGAACAGGAACUAUUUCCAGGCUGUGAACUUUGGCUUUGGGGUGAGACAAUGCAUUGGACGCAGGGUGGCGGAGACAGAAAUCGGAAUCUUUCUAAUCCACUGGGCGGGGCACUUCCCCAUUGGGCGGGGCCAGCGGGGAGCUCGAGCUCUCGGUAGUCAGAGUCAACCGUCGCUGCCUCUGCCCAUCCCCCAGGGCCCCAGGCCCGGGACCAUCCCCCUCGGAAAGGCCCAGGCACCGACACGCAGCCUCGGCCUCAUCCCGGGCCCACUCUGCACCGACGCCAUGUCCGGGCAGCAGGCCGCCCGGAACAGCGGGCCCGGAGGCACCGACGUCAACCCGUUCGAGGAUCCAGCAGUUCUAGAGCAUAGCACUGAGCAUCGAGAACCUGCGCUGAACCAGCUUUACAACCCCUUCGAUGGAGGCAGAGAGUAUGCUCCCAUCAAGACCACUCCGCUGCCCCCACCUCAGCCACCAGAACAACCCGCUGUGUGCCAGAAUCCCAGGAGUCCAACAGAACACCGUUCAUAUGGAACCCAGAAGCCCACAACGAUGCUAACAGCUGACCUGCUGAGGCAGCAGGAAGAGCUGGAGAAGAAGACAGCCGAAUUAGACCGAAAGGAAAGAGAGCUCCAGAACGCAGCCAUCUCAUCCAGCAUAUCCCUGAAUAACUGGCCUCCACUGCCUUCCUUCUGCCCAAUGAAGCCUUGCUUCUACCAUGACAUCAAGGCAGACAUUCCCCGGGACUUCCAGAAGACUGUCAGCGUGAUGUAUUACCUGUGGAUGUUGAGCUCGGUUGUUCUCUUCCUCAAUCUCCUGGGCAGUCUAGCCUGGUUCACCGUUCACGUAGAAGCUGGAACACACUUUGGCCUUUCUAUCCUCUGGCUGCUUCUGUUCACACCCUGCUCCUUUGUGUGUUGGUACAGACCACUGUACAAGGCAUUUAGGUCCGACAGCUCCUUCAAUUUCUUUUCCUUCUUCUUUGUUUUCUUUGUCCAAGACAUCACAUUUGUUUUACAAACCGUCGGUAUUCCAGGCUGGGGAUUCUGUGGCUGGAUUUCUUCACUGUCUGCGUUGAAAAGCAACGUCGGUGUGGGUGUGGUCAUGAUGAUGGUCUCAGUCUUAUUCACAGCCUCUGCAGUCCUGGGGGUCAUGAUGCUGAAGCGAGUCCACUCCCUUUACCGCAGGACUGGUGCCAGUUUCCAGAAGGCACAGGAGGAGUUAGCAGCCGGGGUGAUGUCGAACCCAGCCAUGCGGAAUGCAGCCGGGGCUGCUGCAGGAGCAGCUGCACAAAACGCCUUCCAGCGUAACUGACGGCGCGAGGGAGCCACAGUACCCCCUCCCUCUGCCUCCUCACCGCGCUCUCCCCCACCCCACAAACCCCUUCCCCAUCUCUCUUUCCGUUUCAGCUUUUCACAGGCAAGAGGAACACCAGACCUUCAUCCAGGCUCCUUGGCCAAUCACAAUAACUUCCUAUUGGUUAGCCAAUCACAAGCUGGGAUUGCUGCUGAGGUUAAAGGUUGUGCCAAACGAUUGACAGGCCAUCAUGGGUUUUUAUUGUAUUUUUUGGUUAUGAACUUUGCGCACUUUUCAUUCAUGUUUAAUAAAGGGAAGCAACUGAGUACAUUUGUUGCUCCAAAGCUUAUGGUUUAAA